AUGGCGUCUUACCCUCCUCGACAAUAUGAAGAAGGGAAAUCUCCGAUACAAAAAAAGAGCAUGAACCAUGGUUGUUAUUUGAGUGGCUUUGAUAACUUGGAAAAGAAAUUAGGAAAUGAAGUGUGGAGUAAAUUGAAGGAAUCAUCACUUGGGGUGUUUCUUAAGCUUUAUGAAGAGAAGUAUAUCUGGUCAGCGCAGAUUGUACAUUACUUCCUUACGAAUCAGUUGAGUUUAAAUUGUGAUCCAUUUGACCCAUUGGACAAGUUCGAUGCUGACCAUAGAGAGUUUUGGAAGGAAAUGAAAGUUAGUACUGCGAAUGGACCUACUUUGGAUGAGCUGAAAUCUGCUCUAGACAUUUGCCACGAGAAGGGUUGGAGUGAGGAGAAGAAGAUGAUGCUAGGAAGGUUAUUUCUCCUACAAGUUGGAAUAUAUGGCUACAAUCACGGAUCAAGGAUACCUUUGAGUUUUGCGAAAAGAGUGUUAGAUCCAGAGAGCUUUGAAAAAUACCAGUGGGGGAGAGUUGGUUUUACUGAAUUGGUAGGCUCGAUUAAAGUUGUUAACUACGAAGGGACCAGUUACACAUUGCAUGGAUGUGUUCAUGCGUUGUUUAUAUGGGUGUUUGAAUCUGUUCCCGGUUUAGCAGAAUUGUAUGGCAACAGAAGGGAAACCUCUCCGGGUCCACCAUUACUUAACUGGAUAGGAUCUCGUCCGAGAUUCCUCUUUCGAGACUUCAUAACAGAUGAGAAGAUUGAACAUGGGGAGGUUCGUGUGAGGCAUAUGGUUCCUGUUGCAUUACAUGAUAUGUACCCUAAGUGGAGUGACGAUGAUGCAAAUAACCGGGACCCAUUACUUCACAAGUUGAUUGAAGAUAUCAUUGAAGACCGUUUGGAUCCAAAUGGUUGGCCUGUAGUAGAGAGAGUUAAGAAGCAAAAGAAUUCUCUUCCUGCUAAGAAGAAAAAGAUCAAAAGAUCUGAACAACAAUCAGAGGAUUCUGGAGAAGAAAAAGAGUCACUUCCUGCUAAAAAGAAGACGGUCAAAAUAAGUGAACAAGAUUCAGAGGAUUCUGGAGAAGAAAAAGAGUCACUUCCUGCUAAGAAGAAGGUCAAAAUAAGUGAACAAGAUUCAGAGCUCCUAACAAUGCUGAAAACAAUCAACGAGACACUAGCAAAUUUGGGCAACCAAGUUGGAAACAUUGAUGGAAAAGUCAAUAUGGUUGAUCAAACAUGUAAAACCAAGUUUGCUAAAAUGGAGGAAGCUAUCAAACAGCUGCAAGAGGGAGAAGUGAAGGGUCAAGCUGAUGAAGUGAAUAGUAAAACAUCCACGUCGUGGAUGGUAGUUGAAACGAAGGGGAUUUUACAGGAUCCUGAUGACAUUCCUCUUAAACAAGUUGUUAAGAAUAUUGCAUCGGUAAAAAGGGGAAGAAAGAUUGAAGAAAUGAAAAAGGUUGUUGUGAAGAAAGAGAAGGAGGUCGUCAAAAAGCAUGAGAAGGCUAAAAACCAAAACAUCGACUAUGGAAGCGAUAUUGAAGAUGUAACUGAAAAACAUUUCAUAGAGGAGCAUACAAUGGCAUCAAGUGGUGAUGAAGAAGACAUCGCUGAUAAGGCGGUUAAGAAUGUGGUUGCUUUCUUACACUCCAACCUCCUAGAUGACACAACACCACUGACCAAACGAGUGCCAAAGUUAGCCAAUUCUCAGAAGUUACCAUACAUUGGAAACUCAACUGUCAAACGCAUCAUCCCAGGUGUUAUUACCUCAUUGUACGACUACGAUCCUAUGGAGAUGGUUGAAGAAAGCAAACUGCGCAAAUUAAUGGAAUACAUCAAUGAUGAUGAGGAGCAACCCCUUGGCAGCGUCAAUACAAAUGUGAAGUUCUACAAGGAGAUUAUUACUCCUAGGGAUCAGUGGCCUAAACACGAUUACGGAUGGUUGCGUGAUUCUCAUAUGGAUGAUGCAAUGACCAUGUUUCGUAAAAGGUCAAUGCGUAAGGAUUCACCUUUUCGCAAGAGGGUAGGCUUCAUGGAUCAAUGGUUCAGUAGUAUAAUGGUUUCAGAUUUCAAGAAUUACAACAAGAAGACCUUCAUGUUUCAUGAAUCUUAUAUGGAACAUUUCAAUGGUACUGCUCCGCGACACUCGGCGACAGAGAAGAGAUGGUGGCUGUGGAAUAGGAGUUAUACAAGUAGUAGCUCAUACCCACUUUCAGGACUGCCUCUUACCAGAUUUCUAGCAUGUCUUAAUGUUCGAUAG